CAGGAAGUGGGCUGGCCCUGGGGUUUCAGUCUCUGCGGGCCCAGCAGCGCCUGCUACCUGGGCUGCCAGAGCCUGCGAUGGCCACGGUCCUGGUACGGCCCCACGUCUCUGCCAGGGCUCCCGCCCCAGCUCCACCCCGCGGAUGCGAUGGCCGCCCCUGCUGGGCCCUGGUGUCUGCCCCUCAUCCUCCUCCUGCGCCUGGCUACCCCUCUGGCAUCUGCAGCGGUCAAUGACGCGUCCGAGCUGUCCUGCUUCUACAACUCCAAAGCCAACAUCUCCUGCGUGUGGAGCGGGGUGGGGCGCCCGCCCGGCACCUCCUGCCACCUCCGUGCCAAGUCCAACGUCCGGGACUGGAACAAGACCUGCGAGCUGUUCCCGGGGAGGCAGGCGUCCUGGGCCUGCAACCUGGUCCUCGGACGCCCGGAGUCUCAGCCCCUGAACUCGGUGGACAUCGUCAACGUCAGCGUGAUGUGCUGGCAGGACGGGCAGUGGCACCUGGCCAAGACCCAGGCCUUCAAGCCCUUCGAGAGCCUGCGCCUUUUGGCCCCCCACUCCCUCCGCGUCCUCUCCGUUGGGACCCACAGGUGCAACGUGACCUGGCGCACCUCCCUGGUCUCCCACUACGUCGAGUCCUACCUGGAGUUUGAGGUCCGCACGCGGUCCCCGGGCCACCGCUGGGAGGAGGCCCCCCUGCUGAGCCUGAAGCAGCCGCAGCAAUGGAUCUGCCUGGAGACGCUCGCCCCCGACACCCAGUAUGAGCUGCAGGUGCGGGUCCGGCCCCAGCGCGGUGACCACACGGUGUGGAGCCCCUGGAGCCAGCCCCUGGCCUUCAGGACGAGGCCCGCAGCCCCUGGGAAGGACACCCUGCCGCUGCCCUGGCUCAGCCACGCCGUCCUGGGCCUGGGGGCAGUCGCGGGCUUCGUGGCCUCCGUCUACUUCCUGGCCCACUGCCGGUACCUCGGGCCCUGGCUGAAGAAGGUUCUGAAGUGUCGCAUCCCAGACCCCUCAGAGUUCUUCUCCCAGCUGAGCUCCCAGCACGGAGGAGACCUGCAGAAGUGGCUCUCCUCGCCCCUGCCCUCGUCCUCCUUCAACACCGGCGGCCCCGCGCCCGAGAUCUCUCCGCUGGAAGUGCUGGACAGGGAUGCCAAGGCCGCUCAGCUGCUCCUGCUGCAGCAGGACAAGGCGACCUCGCCCUCGCCCAGCGGCCGUUCGCAGACCAGCUGCUUCACCAACCAGGGCUACUUCUUCUUCCACCUCCCGGACGCCCUGGAGAUUGAGGCCUGUCAGGUGUACUUCACCUUCGACCCCUGUGCGGAGGAGGAGCCCGAAGAGGGCGGGCCCGGCGUGCCCGCGGGGUCGCCCUCGCCGCCCCUGCCGCCCGCGUCAGGGGACGACGACGCCUACUGCACCUUCCCGCCCGGGGAUGACCUGCUGCUCUUCUCACCCAGCCUCCUUGGAGGCCCGAGCUCCCCCAACACUGCCCUUGGGAGCUGCGAGGCCAGCAAAGAGAGGCUGCCCCCCUCCCUGCUGGAGGGAGUCCCCCAAGACUGGGGCCCCCAGCUGGGACCUCCUGCCCCGGCAGCCCCUCACCUGGUGGGUUCCCAGGCCUCCCUGGAGCUAGUCCUGGGAGAGGCUGGGAGGGAGGGCCCUGCCCCCAACCCUGGGCCAGGAGCCGGCCUGCAGCUGGCCAGGGCCCCUGGGCAAGGGGAGGUCAGGGCCCCUACCUCUUGCCUGGCCCUGAACACUGAUGCCUACCUGUCCCUCCAAGAACUCCAGAAUCAGGACCCAGCUCACCUGGUGUAGCCAGACGGCCAGUGCUGGAGGGCAGCCAACCCCUGCACCAGGCCUGAUGGAGGGGCAGUUCUGUCCUUGAGGACAACACACUGCUGAGGACACUUGGUGCCCAGCUGCCCCACCCAGCCACACACACUCAAUUGCUGCUCCCUGGUCCCACCGCCCGAGCCAGGAUCUGGGCCAGCCUCCCCUCCUCCUCUUUAACCAUGGAGUUGUGAGCUGAUUCUGAAGCGCUGCCUCUCCACCAUCCUGCAGGGGUUUGUCCUCAGGGCUCUCUAGGGGUCUUCAGCCCAACCUCUUCAAUGGGCCUCCUGCCGCAGUCCUGCCCCUGCUACCCGUCCUCCACAGGACAACUUGAGUGUGUUUCCCAAAUUCAAAUAUAGCCAGGUCCCUCCCCUGCUCAAAACCCUGCCAUGGCUCCCCAUUGCCCAGCACCAGUUCUUGGUCUGCACUUUUCCCUCCAGCAUCAUAUUAGGACAUUCCCUACUGGACCCUCACCAGGGUCCUACUGAGCCACUUGGAGCUCCUUUGUGCUCCCAAAGUUUGUGGUCUCUGCCUCAUCCUUCACAUGCCAGUUCUGCCCCCUGGGGGGAAACACUGCCUGCCUGAAUGUGCCCCAACUUCCAGAUUCCAUGCUGGAAGGAAACUCUUAGGAACAGGAGGUGGCUGGAAAAGAGGCCCUGUCACUUAUUCUUGGGCUCUCUCCUGAGCCCAGAAUGCUUGCUGACUGCAUCCUAAAUCUGUGGCCCAAGUAUGGACAACAGGCCCUGCAGAGUGGAUGCGGCCGGAUCUUUCCACAGUGGCCUCACAGACUCGCAAGGGAGGCUGCUGGAAGGCAAACCCUGACGCUGCCCCGGGGUACGGCGCCUGGGCCCCUCCCACCCUGCGCUCAGGCUGAGGGUCCUGCUCUGCAGACUAGCUGACCUCCAGAGGGACAGCUCCUGGAAAGUGCGACCUCAGUGCCUUUCACUGCACUUGACACAGUACCUCGCACUCCACCGCACUCCCUGGAUGAACUGAUGAAGGCCGGGCUGCCAGCACAGCGGCCGAACGCGCCCCAGCAAGAGGCGCAGCCAACCCCUCCCACACAACGGGCCCCUUCCUUCCCAGUGCUCCUGCCACACCUCGGCUUCUCUGCCCUCUGCCUGGGCACUGGUCACACCGUGGUGAUCACAGCCUCACACCUCCAUAGGGCAGAAACAAAACCGAGAUCCCAGCUGGCUGAGCCUAGCGCAGAGCCUGCGCUUAUAGGUCCUGCUCGCAGCUGAUUGGGUACCUGAACACAAGCACACCCAUAGGUUGAAACUCUGUCCAAUCAGAGAGACCCGGUCUGAUCUAGCCAAUCAGAUGAUGUCUCAGUCUGAAGUUGGGGAAGAGGGGCGGCCUCUGGGAGCAGGUGCUUAUGAAUGAGGCUCCCAGGAACCCGGAGGGAGGAGUGGAACCACGUGAGCAGAGGGCAGUGGGAUCCUGACACAGGGCGCUCUUGACCAUCCGUCAGGAUUUCUGUUUCUUUAAGCUCCCCUGUUUUGAGGCUGCGUGAGUCCUGGGUCUUCACCGUGGAAAGGGCUUAAUCAACCCCAUAUCAUUUCCCACCUCCUGCCAUAAGAUGCUGUGUGUCCUGGGCUGCCGGAUUCCUCGGUCCUGGCCUGGUCGCACCUGAGCUCCGCAUUCGCACUCUGUUGUGUGUCCUGGGGAAAAAUAGCAAACCUCUCUGCAUUCAGUUUCCUUAUGCCCAGAAUGGAAACAGAUUGGUCACCCCAUUACCCGCCGCGGCUUUGCAGAAUCCUUGGGAAGUUCUCUUUCUCAAGUCCUGGUCAUUCGUGAAUUUCUUUCUCUCUUAAUGACCUCACUGUGUCUUUACUCUUUUCAUGAUAUGUUUUCUAUAAACCAUUUCAGGAUUUUUGUUCGAAUUCAUUUAUUUAAAGAAAAUACUGCUUCUGUAAAUGGGAAAAACGGGGUUCACUGUAAAUAAAAGGUAAUCGUAAAAAGUAAAAACAAUAAAACAAAAUA